GAAAAGUUACUCAACAUAACAAAGGUAUACCAGCUCUAGAGAUUUCGUGGAAAAUGUGCUGCUACAUGGAAACGAGGUCGAGAUUAUCCAGCUCCGUCAGCUGAUGACCAACCGGCUUAACGAGCUAAACGGGGUCAAACUUGACUACAAGGAGCCUGAGGAGAAUGACGUCAUUGACUACAUCCUGGACUCCGAGGCAGUGCAGAAAGUUGCCAUGACAUUAGGUCACCUGACUACUUCACAGACAUUUGCUUCGCUUUGCAUUGCUAAGGGUCUUGGAGUGAUGUCGGGUAAAGUUGGCGUGGAGUCAUUCUUCACCAUCGAGACCAAAGACAGAUUCGGGAACACCACGUUUGAGGGCGAUCACUGCACACCGAUCCAGGUCAUAAUCCAAGCACCAGAGGGCUUCUUCCUUGGUAAUCACGUGGCCAACAAGCGAGAUGGGACCCUACUAGUGCGCUACACGCCCGUGACACGUGGCAAGCACGUGAUUGUAGUGUCGAUAAGAGGGCGACAGAUAGAGGGCAGUCCAUUCACCGUGAAGGUCGUGGAGGGAAUCGACUACAAGAAUGUCAUGGCUGUCUUUAUGAAGAUAGGCUCACAGGGCACCAAGAGCGGAGAGUUCCGCCAGCCAAGCUCAGUCGCCACAGACACAGACGGGAACAUCUAUGUGACCGACUUCGUCAACUGCCGCGUCCAGAAAUUUGACAUGUUCGGCAAACACCUCAAAGAUAUUGGAACCAAGGGGAGUAAGGACGGCCAGCUCAUGAACCCGUGCGGGGUGGUGGUGGGGAGUGAUGGUACCCUGAUCGUGUCAGACUGGGAUAACCAUAGAGUCCAGAUGUUUAGUCCUGAGGGAAAAUUCGUCAGCAAGAUAGGAAGGAAAGGUUCCGAGAAUGGCAAUUUCUUGCAUCCAAGUGGAUUGGCGCUGAACCAAGAUGGCGACCUCGUCGUCAUUGACAAAGAUAACAACAGAGUACAAGUCCUUAAACUUGACGGCUCUCACGUCAUGUCAUUCGGUUCUCUUGGCAACGCUGACGGCCAGCUUGACUGCCCAAGUCACGUAGCUGUCACUCAAGACAACGGUUACCUAGUAACCGACACGGGGAACAACAGGAUCGUGAAGUUCGACGCUAGCGGAAAUCACGUGAUGAGUUUUGGCACCAAGGGGAGUGGGGAGGGGAGGCUUGACCGUCCCGCGGGCAUUGCUAUUGAUCCCGAGGGAUUUAUUAUCAUAAGUGAUUUUCAGAAUCAUCGAGUGCAGGUGUAUUCCCCGGAAGGCGAGUUUUACGCGACGUUUGGAAGUGAGGGGAAUAUAGAAGGACAAUUUAAGUUCCCGUCAGGUAUUGCGCUGACGCUGGACGGUUACGUGAUCGUGGCUGAUAGACAUAAUCAUCGAAUUCAGGUAUUUUAAGACCAUAUAUGGCGAGUCACGUGCUCACAUCUUUGUUUUGCCUAGAGUAAGAAUAUACUAGAAUAUUAUACAUAAAAAUAUUCGAUGGAAAUUCGCUUAUUUAAAAAUAAGAUAAAUAAUGUGUUCAUCA